AUGGCGACCGCCGCUCGUACACAGAAUGGCGUCACAACGGGAUCAAACGCCACCGGUGAAGGAGGCAGAAAGUCCAAAGCCCAACCCACCGGCCAGAAGCUCAUGAUCCGACACCUGCCGCCACUCAUAACAGAGGAGGAGGUACAAGCUAUUCUCGGAGAGGAAUGGAUGAUUGGCAACGGCAAGGUUGACUGGGCUCAGUUUCACGCAGGCAAGGUGUCCAAGAGUGCUUUCAAGGAGCCUCGGCCUUCCAUGUACACACUUCACGUUGUCAAGGAAGAGGACGUCUCUGUUCUCAAGGACUUUAUCCUGCGAGCAACAUGGCAUGACGCUAAGAACUCACACACCAUGCUUAACUUUCAGGUCCAUGCGCAGAACGUUUCAACCCGUGUACCUAUCGCCAAACAUCGAGUCGACCCCCGACAGGGCACUAUCGAUCAAGACCCCGAGUUCCAAGCAUUCCUACACGACCUCACCCAACCAAAAGAGUCUCAACCGAAGGACAUUGAAAAUGGCGAUCAGCUUACAUCGAGCCCCGAAGAGCCAGGCAAGGAAAGCAAAAUCUCCCAUCUAGUUAGGUACAUUCAGGAGAAGAAAGCUGCCAAGGCCAAAGAGGCUGCUGCCGCGAAGACUGCUAGACACAGCCGACAGGAAUCGCAAAGUAACAAGACCAAGACUGGAGAUGACUCCAAGAAGAAAAGCAAGGAAAAGAGCGGCGCUGACAAGCCGGACAAGGAGAAGGAGAAGGAGAAGACCAAGGAGCCUACACCUAAAAUCCUGACCAAGAAGGCUGCUGCUACCCAAGCUUCCACUGCCGAGGCCUCGAAACAACAAACUGGCCAAACUGCAGCGGCCAAGCCUGCAGAAGAGGCCGCUCCGAAAAGCCGACGUGCUAAUAUUGCACAGGCUGCCAAGAUCCUGCAGCGCGAUCUGGGCCUUUCCCCCGGUAGUGCUCAUCGACGAGCUCGGCAAAAUGCGGCAAAGGCUGAAGGUGCAUCCACCACUGAACCUCCUACUGGCACAUCCACCGAGAAGACAGUGGAAGAGACCAAGGAAGUCAAGGAGACCAAGGAGCCUAAAGAAUCCAAGGAACCCGAAGCUCCCAAAUCAGCUCCUACUGGCCCAAAGGCGCAGGGCGGCGAAGGGUCUCGUAGAUCACGCAAUAGAGGCAAGGGCGCCGCCAGCGCCGCCAACACAACAGAAUCAGCCAAGGGCAAGGCUUCAGAUGGUGCAGCAGCAAAGCCUACCACUGGACCUGUUAUUUUGCUGAAAAAGGAAUCCAGCAAGAAAGAGGACACUGCAUCUGGGGCAGCUUCAUCGCCCACCACUCCCGCUACAACUUCAACUCCGACCAACUCGACCUCGACAAGCACCGCUGCCCCUCCGACGGGCCCAAAAGCCGGUGCCGGAAAAGGAAAUAGCGGAAAGUCCAACAAUCAGCCACAACAAAAGAAGGCUGCUGCACAACCAACAUCAGGUGCCGUUCGCGCCUUUGUGAAGCAUGCCAACCCUUCUCAAGGCAUCACGGAACCUCUGCUCAAACAGGCCAUGGAAGCAUUUGGCUCGGUCACAUUUGUCGAGAUAGACAAGCGAAAGGGGUUUGCCUAUGUUGACUUUGGUGAUGCUGAGAGUCUACGUAAAGCCAUUUCAGCCAGCCCAAUCUCCAUUGCCCAGGGCACUGUUCAGGUCCUCGAACGGAAAGACAAGAAGCCUGCCGCACCUACCAAUGCUGCCACUUCAACCCCGGCGGCACAGCCGUCUGCCUCGGCCGAAAAAGCUGCCGCCGACUCGCAGACACCCACUCCUGCCACAGCUUCAGCUUCCACUGAUCGACCUAAAAGGGGAAAUCGUGGUCGCGGACGCCGAGGAGGAGCAGGAGCUGCUUCUGCCAAUGCUACAUCAGCCGCCAAUACCACUACUAGUAACGACACUGCACCUGUAGCAAACCCUCCAGCGACGGGAUAG